UCACAGAGAUAGCAUGUGGGGGUAGGGGUUACAAUCACAAUUACACAACGUGAACCUGACUUGGGAUACUCAAGAAGACAACAAAACCCCUGGGGUCUUUUAAAUGCAUCCCGGUUUACCGUUCCCUGACAGAGAUCAAAAGGAUAUGUCACCAAAGAGCUCUUCGUACCAGAUGAAAAAGGACUGACAAGCCCUGUCCAAACUCCUGAGAUAUUCCUUGGCAGAGCCAAGGACAGCAGAGGACAAGGCGCCUUUGUUCCGUACCCAUUUUUCCUGUGUGUGUGGUCCCACGAACGUUCAAAACUGUUUCUCCAAAGGUUUUUACAGAAACUCAGACUGUUUUCCAAAGCAGAAGCACAGCCGUCCCAGACGGAAGUGAUGGGAAGCGUGCGAGCGAACCGCUACAACAUUGUGUCGUCCGAGGAAGACGGGAUGAAGCUGGCCACCAUGGCGGUGCCCAAUGGCUACGGCAACAGCAAGGGUAAAGUGCACACCAGGCACCAGAGCCACAGCCGCUUCGUCAAGAAGGAUGGCCACUGCAAUGUGCAGUUUGUUAACGUGAGUGAGAAGAAACAGCGCUAUCUGGCUGACAUCUUCACCACCUGCGUGGACAUUCGCUGGCGCUGGAUGCUGGUUAUCUUCUGCCUUGGCUUCGUGCUCUCCUGGCUCUUCUUUGGCUGCGUCUUCUGGCUGGUGGCUCUUCUCCAUGGUGACCUGGAUGCCGGGGUCCCAAAGCCCUGUGUCUCUCAGGUCAGCAGCUUCACAGCGGCUUUCCUCUUCUCCAUCGAGACGCAGACCACCAUUGGGUACGGCUUCCGCUACGUGACGGAUGAGUGCCCCAUCGCCGUCUUCAUGGUGGUGUUCCAGAGCAUCGUGGGUUGCAUCAUCGAUGCCUUCAUCAUCGGGGCUGUCAUGGCCAAGAUGGCAAAGCCCAAGAAGAGGAACGAGACACUGAUCUUCAGCCACAAUGCAACGGUGGCCAUGCGAGACAACAAACUCUGCCUGAUGUGGCGCGUGGGCAACCUGCGUAAGAGCCACCUGGUGGAGGCCCAUGUGCGGGCGCAGCUCCUCAAGUCCCGGACCACAGCUGAGGGGGAGUACAUCCCUCUUGACCAGAUUGACAUUGAUGUGGGCUUUGACAGCGGCAUUGACCGUAUCUUUCUGGUGUCGCCAAUCACCAUCGUGCACGAGAUCAAUGAGGACAGCCCCUUCUAUGACAUGAGCAAACAGGAACUGGACAACUCUGAGUUUGAGAUUGUGGUCAUCUUGGAAGGCAUGGUGGAAGCCACUGCCAUGACCACCCAGUGCCGCAGUUCCUAUCUGGCCAGUGAGAUCCUCUGGGGUCACCGCUUUGACCCAGUGCUCUUCGAGGAAAAGAACUACUACAAAGUGGACUACUCACGCUUUCACAAAACCUAUGAGGUGCCUAGCACGCCCCUGUGCAGUGCCAGGGACCUCGCGGAGAAGAAGUACAUCCUUUCCCAUGCCAAUUCCUUCUGUUAUGAGAAUGAGGUGGCGCUUUUGAGCAAGGAGGAGAUGGGGGACAUUGGGGGCAGCUUGGGGCUGGAAGGCACCAGCACAGACACAAACUCUGACAUUGACCACACUCAGGCUACUGUGCCUCUGGAGCCUAGACCUUUGAGACGAGAGUCAGAAAUAUGACUGUAUGACCUUUGGAAAAAAAUUGAAAAGAAAUAUGUUCAAAGGCACAUUGAGCUGAACUGGACCCAAAAACAAAAUCAGAUUUCAGCUGAUGGUACUGCUUCGUGGCUUGGUUUGAGGACUUGAAAUAGGAAAGGAAAGACACACAGACAGAAAGUUACAGGCUCAUGUGAUGAAUAUGAACACAGCUGUUCUUUAAGCACAGCAAACUUGUAUUUAUUUGUAUACAAAGGAAAUAAUUAUGCUUCUGUGUGUAACUUAGGGGAGUGGUUGAUAAGGGACAAGGUUAAGGAUAAGGGACAGAGAGAAGUGUGUGAUUUAAUUUUUUUUUUUUUUUUAUAAAACUUGAAAAAGGCAGGCAUGUCUCUUUGGUUAUCUGUCGAGCCUAAUUUAAAGCAGGACAAGACGGGUCAAGUAGCAUGACACCAAGUAUAUCAGCCUUACAUUUUUAAUGCUGCUAUCAAAAUAAAACACAACUUGUAAAAAAAUGCAUAUAUUAAUAACAUAGUGAAGGCGGAUUACGAUAGAUAAUUUAUCUGCAAAUAUGUGUAAAGUAAAUUAUAAAACCACUGUGUAUGGGAAUUAAUGGAUCGAAAGCUACUUCAUAUAUGAUUAGCUCCCUAUUUCAGUUCCAGCUCAUACCAGAGAAAUUGUGUGAUUUGCACAUGGGAUUUCCGGAGUACUAAGAGGUUCACUGGCGCCAGGUUAGAGCACUUACUGCACUCCUUUGUUUUUAGGUCAGAUUGCUGCUGUACUAAGUAAGACCUUUUUAAAGUAGGCUGAGGACUUUCUUCCACACUCUGAAAGGGAACUCUAGGUCUUGCACCUGUUCCUUCCCAUCAGCUGACUCCUGCUGAGGGCCGGAGUAUUGGUGGGGGGUAAUGAAGGGUCACAUGUCUAGCAAAGCUGAGUGCAUAACUUCUCCCUAGACUUAGACUUGGUAUGUUGCAAGAAAAAAAAAAAAACACUGCCAGAGCAUUAGAAUGUAUUUGUAUUAUUAUUAAAUAUUAUUAGUAAGUAGUAUUAUCUGGCCACGAAUUAGGGCAGCAUAGCACACGGAUAUAGCAGAGCUAUAGUAUGGUGUUGUUGAAUGGCGUGGUAUAAAAUAUCAAUAGCUGUGCUAUUGUUCAUAUUGAAUCCAGGCCUAAAUCUAGUUUUAGAAAACUUCCCACCAAGUUUCCCCUGGCGGUGAGCUGGUCUCUUGCCACAGAGGUGUGCUUGGUUGCUUAGGAACAGGGAGAUUGACAGUCCCAUUUGUAUUAGUCUUGGGGGGGGGG